UUGUUCCCAUACACCGGGGUUCUAAUGAUAUGCACCCAUCCCAUAUGGUCCCUGGUGGUUUGGCUUUUCAACCCCUUCCUCUCCUCCUCUCUCUCUCUCUCUCCCCCCUCCCCCUGCGCCCAUAUCUGUUGGUUCUUCCUUGCUUGAGAGGACUAGUCUAUUCCUUCUUCUCUCUCUCUCAUAAAUCCACACUCUUCUCCCGAUGUUUCCUAGUAAUCUUAACCAAUCCUCUCUCCCUCUUAAAAAGAGAAACCAAGAUCAAAGUCAUCUGUCAACAUCCACUCCAGCAACUAAUUAUAAUUUAUACCCAGUCUUCUUUGAGUACACCAUAGAAGAUCAAGGGGCAAACGAUGGAUCAAAGCGUCAUGGCCAUCAAUAUCAUCAGCAGCAACAACAAGAAAAGCCCAAUGAGUCCUUGUUGAUCAAUGGAUCAAAUGAUUUCCUGCAAUCUUUUUCGGCCAACAGAAAAAACAAUAAUGAUAAAAUGGAUCAAUAUUUUUGUGGUGGAGCACAUAAUGAAGAUGGGCAUGGAUCGGUCAAGUGGAUGUCUUCAAAGAUGCAGCGGAUGAGGAAGAUGAUGGGUUCGGAGCAAACUGUCACAAGUAAACCAAGAAGAAGCAGCGGUCAAGAGAAAAAACAGCAAAACCAAGACAGCAGCAGCAAUUUCCCAAGUGGUAUCAUCAGAGUCUGCUCUGAUUGCAGUACAACAAAGACACCUUUAUGGAGGAGUGGUCCUCAGGGUCCAAAGUCUCUUUGUAAUGCCUGUGGAAUAAGGCAAAGGAAGGCAAGACAAGCCAUGUCGGCAGCAGCAGGUAGCGGACUAAUUGCAACCAACACACUUAGUAAGGUGCGAAAGGGGAAGAGAACAGAUGGAGAUCACACCAUUCCUAACAAGAAGCGAUGCAAGAUCACCAACACUGGGAGUGCUCAGAAGAAACUUCAGAUCAAUGAUCUAUUGAUAAGUUUGAGUGAUGAUUCAGCCUCCCAUCGUGUCUUCCCACAGGAUGAAAAGGAUGCAGCCAUCUUGUUAAUGGCCCUAUCUUGUGGCGCCGUUCAUGGUUGAGCAGUGCUUUCCUAUUUUUUUCUUCUUUUUUCUUUUGCAUUUUAUCCCUUUAGCUAUCUCAAUAAGCUAGCCUAUUCUACCGUGAGCAUUGAUCAAGUGUUUGAGAAGUGAGGAAGAAACUAAAGGAAUAAUAUGAGACAGGAAUCUGGUAGAGCAAGGCUAUUAUUUCCUGUAGCUUUCAUUAUGAAAAUGCAUUCAGGCAACAUUA